ACUCGCUUUCUUCGUUUUACUGAUAAGGAAAAGACUAUGGAGCUUUCGAUGUUUGGCAGAGAAGAUACCAACUCGUCGCAGUGGGGCGAAGUGCACGGUCCAUUCAUGCUGGAAGAGAUUGUGUGCCAGGCACAAAACAUGCUGACCUCAAGAGGCAUUUUCAUGAAAAGUAACCCUCUCAAAUACGCAUUGCCUCUUCUAUUGCUACAAAUGUCAGUCAUCAUCGUCACCUCUAGGCUUAUCUUCCGCGUCCUUCAACCUUUAAAGCAAGGAAUGAUCUCUGCUCAAGUCUUGACUGGUGUUGUUUUAGGACCGUCUUUCUUAGGACAUAAUGUGAUUUACAUGAACAUGUUUCUUCCCGCGGGAGGCAAGAUCAUAAUACAAACGCUUUCAAACGUCGGUUUCGUCAUCCAUCUCUUCCUCCUCGGACUCAAAAUCGAUGGGAGUAUUAUCAGAAAAGCUGGUUCUAAAGCCAUUCUUAUUGGUACAGCCUCUUACGCCUUCCCGUUCUCUCUUGGGAACCUCACGAUUAUGUUCAUUAGUAAAACUAUGGGACUUCCCAGCGACGUGAUUAGUUGUACAAGCAGCGCAAUCUCCUUGAGCUCUAUGACUUCAUUCCCGGUUACAACCACGGUCUUAGCGGAACUUAACAUCCUUAACUCCGAGCUAGGUCGUUUAGCCACCCACUGCUCAAUGGUCUGCGAAGUUUGUAGCUGGUUUGUCGCUCUCGCUUUUAAUCUCUACACACGUGACCGGACGAUGACUAGUCUUUACGCGCUUUCCAUGAUCAUAGGUCUCCUUCUGGUGAUUUAUUUCGUCUUUAGACCUAUAAUAGUAUGGCUCACCCAGAGGAAAACCAAAUCCAUGGAUAAGAAAGACGUUGUCCCGUUCUUUCCGGUACUCUUGCUUUUAUCUAUAGCUAGCCUUAGUGGAGAGGCCAUGGGGGUCCAUGCUGCGUUUGGAGCGUUUUGGUUAGGUGUUUCGCUCCCUGAUGGUCCACCUUUAGGCACGGAACUUGCUGCAAAACUCGAGAUGUUUGCUUCGAAUUUGUUCCUCCCUUGUUUCAUUGCCAUUAGUGGGUUGCAAACUAAUUUCUUUGAGAUAACAGAGAGCCAUGAGCACCAUGUGGUAAUGAUUGAGAUAAUUCUCUUGAUCACUUAUGGAUGCAAGUUCCUUGGAACAGCAGCUGCGUCUGCUUACUGCCAAACGCAGAUUGGAGACGCGCUUUGUUUGGCCUUCUUGAUGUGUUGCCAAGGUAUCAUUGAAGUCUACACUACUAUCGUGUGGAAAGACGCUCAGGUUGUUGAUACAGAAUGCUUUAAUCUGGUGAUCAUCACGAUUUUGUUCGUAACUGGUAUUUCCCGGUUCCUCGUGGUGUACCUCUACGACCCUUCAAAACGUUACAAAAGCAAAAGCAAACGAACAAUCCUCAACACGAGACAACAUAAUCUUCAGCUACGUCUUCUCCUUGGUCUCUAUAAUGUUGAAAACGUUCCUUCCAUGGUUAAUCUUCUAGAAGCUACUUACCCGACACGGUUUAACCCGAUCUCAUUCUUUACGUUGCACCUCGUCGAGCUUAAAGGCCGAGCUCAUGCACUCCUUACACCACACCAUCAGAUGAACAAACUUGACCCUAACACGGCCCAGUCCACACAUAUUGUCAACGCCUUUCAGCGUUUUGAGCAAAAGUACCAGGGAGCUCUCAUGGCGCAACACUUUACCGCAGCCGCGCCUUACUCGAGUAUAAACAACGACAUAUGCACGCUGGCCCUCGACAAGAAAGCGACGUUAAUCGUGAUUCCGUUCCACAAGCAGUACGCGAUUGACGGGACGGUCGGACAAGUCAACGGGCCCAUCCGGACCAUAAACCUUAACGUGUUGGACGCGGCACCUUGUUCGGUGGCAAUAUUCAUAGACCGAGGAGAGACCGAGGGACGUCGGUCCGUGUUGAUGACCAAUACGUGGCAGAACGUUGCGAUGCUCUUCAUCGGUGGCAAGGAUGAUGCGGAAGCGCUCGCGUUAUGCAUGAGGAUGGCUGAAAAACCAGACCUUAACGUUACGAUGAUACAUUUCCGUCACAAGAGCGCUCUUCAAGACGAAGAUUACAGCGACAUGUCUGAGUACAAUCUCAUCAGUGAUUUCAAGAGCUAUGCAGCGAACAAAGGGAAAAUUCACUACGUAGAGGAGAUAGUGAGAGAUGGCGUGGAGACUACGCAAGUGAUUAGCUCACUUGGAGAUGCCUAUGACAUGGUGUUAGUGGGUCGAGACCAUGACCUAGAGUCUUCGGUCUUGUACGGACUCACGGACUGGAGUGAGUGCCCUGAGUUAGGUGUGAUCGGAGAUAUGUUGACGUCGCCGGAUUUUCAUUUCUCCGUACUUGUCGUUCAUCAGCAGCAAGGAGACGACUUACUGGCCAUGGACGAUAGUUAUAAAUUGCCUAACGUCGAGCAUCAGAAGAUUGGUGAUACUGGAAUACAACAACGUUUCUCUGCUGAAGAAGGUUUCACUACCAUUGAUCUCGGUAAACGCUAGAGGAACCAAGUGACUUAAUCUUGAUUUAAUUAGUAACAUUCAUUUUUUAAUCAUAAGUUCAUAACUAGAGAUAUUUAUACAUAGAUGUAUCUAAGAGGUAGAUGCAUUUAGGAUCUUGAGUUGAGUCUCAGGAUGUCAUCAUGUUGUUAUAGUGUAGUAGUUUUUUUUCUUUCAUUUAUAUAUUAAUAAGAGAUCAACGUAGUAAGCAAUUUUUUGGGGUGAAGGGUUUUAUGUGUUGGAGAACCAGAACUAUGUGACAUAUAUAUUAUCAUUCAUAUAGAUUGAAGACUGCAUCUGACUCCAUUAUGAACUAUAUCUCUAGUCCUAAGAAC